UCAAGUCAAAAGAAAUGUCAACUCUUCUGGUCAAUGAACAUCCACCAAUCACCCAAACCCCUUCGUAGUUCGUUCUCUUCUUCAUCUCAAUUCUCGCAUGGCGGACGAUAGCGAAACCCCAAAAGUCAAAGAUUCACCGUCAGUUUCACAAUCUUACCUGGAAGUAAAUUGCACAAGUUCAAGCAAGAUCAGACGGUUUUCAGCCGGUACGGAGGCCGGAUUCGCGUUGCAUUUGAUCAACAAAAAGCUCGAUGAUGGAUUGCCGGUAGCUUCGUAUAUUGAAGCAGUUAAAGAAGGUGAAGAACCGGUCAGUUUUGGGCGUAAUUCUGUUCUUGUGUGUUACGGUCAUGGCUGGAAGCUGCAGACGGUUACUGAACCAGAAGGUGCAAGAGCUAGGGGAAGAAUCAGGAGAACUAUAAACCAUGAAUCGUCUCCACUGUUCUCUGAUGAGUUGCAUUCAACAAAAAGCUUAUUACCGUCGGUGAUCGGUGUCCACUACAUUGCAAAAGUGUUGCUGGCUUUUGUCUUGCUUUUUGUGUUCGGGGCGGUUUUCACAUUAGCUCUUGAGAAUCUUCCGAGGUUGCUUAUCUUUAUCAACCCUUCCGUUUAAGUACAUCAAUCAUCAGUGUAUAUUAUUACUCCCAACUCAUUUCUGUUACCAAACUUGUUUAAUUCUACACAUUUCUGUCUCCAAAACUAUUGGAAUUAUCAAUAUUUAUGAUUUAUUCGACACAAUGAAAGUAUGGAUUAGCAGUUGAAAUUCAA